AUGAGCGAGGAGCACCUUCCUAGCCCCCCAGCCUCCCUGGGUGGCUGUGCUGACUUCAACCAUCCCUCUGACAGGCAUUUAUGGAGGACCUACUAUGUGCCAAGCCCUGUGCAGCUGCCCUAUUUAUACCCUGUGGCUCCAAUGGUGACGUUGCAAACCUGGCCCCUGCCCCCUGACCUUCAAGGAGAGCUGCCUCCAGAGUCGUUACAGACUGUGCUUCGAACGGCUCAGGAGAAGCGGCUCGUAGUGACCGAGGUGGCGCUGGAGGUGGGGGUAGCAGACCGGUGCUGGUGGAUUCGGGAUUUGAAUCUAAUUCCAGAUCUCAAGUUCUUAAGCAAACCCUCAGUUCUUAUCUGCAUUGAGUUCACCAUCUCAGAGCCGGGGGAGGAAUCUGCACACUCCUACCCUGAGUCAGGGCAUCAGGAGGACGACGCGGACCUCCGGGUUACCUUUGCCUACGUGCACAAAGAUAGAAAGAAAUGA